AUGGCUAGUAUUUGGGAUAUGGACGACGACAAUAACAGUGCUGCAUCUAGCAAAAAACCAGAGCAGCCAAUUGUCAAGAUGGACUCUGGUGCAGAAGUUGAUCUCUUACAACGUGAUUCUGUAAAGAUGGAAACUGAAAAUCUUUUCAAUUCUUUGAAAAUAUGUGAUGAUAUCGUCGUUGAAGCUUUUCAGAUUACUGAUUAUAUUCCGACUCUGACAAAUAAAGAAAUGGCAGAAUUUUGGAAUAAUCAGAUAGGAAAUCCAAAUCGAGAUAUUCAAAAGCAGUUUUAUGAAGCAAUAAUCAAAGAAAGAGUGGCCCGUAUUAAAGCUAAUAAUAAAGAUCAAGAUGAACAACAAGCAGUUCAAAACGAAUUGUCACAAAGUUUAUGUGAAUAUCAAGCUAAAUAUAAGACUACACGCGAUAGUAUGGUAGAAUUCGAGAAAACUUUUCGUGAAGAAAUGGAUAAAAUUCAACAAGAGAUUGAUUCUCUUACCAAUAGAUUGCAAGCAGCUUACACAGGCGAAUCUGAAGCUGCUAUUACAACCGGUCUACAAGGCGAAAAUUUUAACAAGUUUUUAGAACUGGUUACAAACCUUAAAACAGAUAUCCAUCAAGGUGCUAAUGCUUAUAGACCACUUGAAAGUGCACUAACAGGUAUUUUAUUGCGUCUGUUGCUGAAAUUCGAGUUAACUGUUCAUUGUUGA